CGGCCGUGCUGUCCCUGCCGGGGGGCUGCCGCGGCCUGGGUCCCCUGGCUUCUCGGCCCCCGUCUCAUUGGCUCGGGCUUCUCCCUCCUGCAGUUCCUCUCUGCGACGCUCACUGGGGCCGCCUCGGACUGCGUGGGCAGGCGGCCCGUGAUGCUGCUGUCCCUGCUGGGCCUGGCCACCUCCUAUGCCGUGUGGGCCGCCUCUCGGAGCUUCGCUGCCUUCCUGGCCUCCAGGGUGAUCGGGGGCAUCAGCAAGGGGAACGUCAGCCUCUCCACGGCCAUCGUCGCCGAUCUGGGCUCACCGUCGGCCCGCAGCCAGGGUAUGGCGGUCAUCGGUGUGGCCUUCUCCCUGGCCUUCACGCUGGGCCCCAUGCUCGGGGCCUCCCUGCCUGUGGAGAUGGCACCCUGGCUCAGCCUGCUCUUUGCAGCAUCCGACCUGCUCUUCGUCUUCUUCUUUCUGCCGGAGACACUGCCCCCAGAGAAGCGGGCGCCCUCCAUCGCCCUGGGCUUCUGCACAGCUGCUGACCUGCUCAGCCCUCUGGCACUCCUCCAGUUCGCAGCAGUUGCCCAUGGCCAGGAUCCCCCUAGUGGAGACAGGCUCCGCAGCCUGCGCCGCCUGGGCCUGGUUUACUUCCUCUACCUCUUGCUGUUCUCCGGGCUGGAGUACACCCUGAGCUUCCUGGUGCACCAGCGCUUCCAGUUCACCAGCCUACAGCAGGGCAAGAUGUUCUUCUUCAUUGGCCUCACCAUGGCCACCGUCCAGGGAACCUACGCCCGGCGGGUCCGCCCUGGCAGAGAAGUCACGGCCGUGAAGCAGGCCAUGCUGCUGCUGCUGCCGGCCUUCCUCCUCAUUGGCUGGGGCUGCUCCCUGCCCACGCUGGGGCUGGGGCUGUUGCUCUACUCUUUCGCGGCUGCGGUUGUGGUGCCCUGCCUGUCUUCUGUGGUCGCUGGCUAUGGCUUACCAGGGCAGAAGGGCAGAGUCAUGGGCACCCUGCGGAGUCUGGGUGCCCUGGCCAGGGCAGUGGGACCCAUGCUGGCUGCCUCAGUGUACUGGCUGGCUGGAGCCCAAGCCUGCUUCACUGUGUGCGCCGGGCUCUUCCUGCUCCCCGUCAUCCUCCUGCAGAAGCUAAAGCACCCAGAGCCUGAGCUCAAGGCGGAGUAGCUGAAGUUCACGCCCCACAAGGACCACCAGGACCACUCCCCACUGCCUGAGACUCCUUCCUGCCCUGCCCGACCAGGGUCUGGGGAGGGAGCCUCAACCCUCUGCUCCACCCUCAGCAGGAAGUCUGGGCAGCGCUCCCGGGUACCUGGCCCAGCUGUCCUGAGCAGGCUCAGUGACUCCAUGGCCUUCAGAGUUGUGUGUACGUUCUGCCUGGAUGACUCAGGCCCUGGGCCAGGCUUCUUAAAGACAAAUAAAGCAGCUCUUUUGCACCAGCAUUCUCUGCAGGACAGCUCUGCCCUGCCACUCACCUGCAGAGGUGCAGGGGCCAGGCAGCUCUUGGGGCUGUGGCCAGCACAACACUGGGCUCCCCUGCAGCAGAGGGCAGUGCCAGCUGCAGUCCCAGGCUGUGGCCUCACAGGCCCCUCCUGCUGAGUCAGGCAGGCCGAGCACAGGUUCAUUCUGGGCCUCUGUCCCUGUCCCUGACCAGCAGCACCCCGGACACCACUCAAAUUCUAGGGAGGAAGGGCAGGGUGCAGGAGAGGGCCUCCCUAAUUCUAUAGCGACUGGUGACAUUUGGCCAAAAGAUAAGUACAUCUGAGUCAUUCUCAACAUGAGACAUGCUUUGGAAACCCUACUUUGAGGGAACAAAGGUGUAUGAAAACUGCUAACGAGAUUUAGACAAAGAAACUGCUUAAAGAGUUUUAUUUGUGAGUAAAACAUGUUACAGUGAAGAAAGGAUGUCCAGGACCUGUCCUCCAAGUCUGGUCUGUAUAUGCAACUAUAUUUCAUGUUGUAAUACAAAGAAUUAGACUACAAAAGUGAAAA